UUCACUUUUUAACAACAAAAAUAUCAGUGAGAUUUAAAUCUUUGAGGUUUGACUUCUGAAUUCUGUUUUGCUUGCUGAGUAGAUAAACAAGGGAAAUGAAAUGAAAUGAAUUUAUUGUUUGUCUCCUUACCGCUAUAAAGAUAACGGAGGUAUUUAGUCUUUAAAUUUCUUUUUUUUUUUGAAAAUGUCUUUAAAUUUCUGUUUGUAAAUAGUAAAUAUUACUAUUAAGUAGCUGGCUCGCGGUAAUAGGAUAACAGAACAGCAUAGCGUAGAUGAGUUUUUUUUUUCUUUUUUUUUUUGCUUCUUAUUUUUUUGAUGAGUUUUUUAUAUUGUAUUUUUUUCCAUUUUAUUCAAUUCCUGCAACGUAUUCGUUUUUUUAUAUAAAGUUUUUGAGGAUGCUGAUGAGGAACGAUGGUCGGAUGAAUUAAUGAGUUAAUAAUUAAGUUCUGUUUCCUAAUUUGCUUUAAGUGGGCCGGAGUUAAUAAUUAAAACUGAUUAUUCUGGCCAGUGAUGCAUUAUUAUUUGAAUAAGCUUGAAUGCUUGAUGCGUUGGUCCCAACUCCCUCAACUCCCAGCAUAGGAGUUUUAGGUCACUUUUUGGUCCCAACUGAUGAAAAAGCUCUCUCUGUGUGUAUAUAUAUAUCACACACUCAGACGUUGUAAGUAUGUAUCAAUGUAUGUGUGCACUUAUUCUACUUGUUGUCUUGGAUACUUUAAAUUAUGAUUUAUUUGUUGUUGCUUAAUCUGGGUAUCAUGGAUUAUUGAAUGUUGUUAACACAGUGUUAUACAUCUUGAUGUGUUGGUCCCAACUUCCCCAACUCCCAGCAUAGGAGCUUUCUUUGGUCCCAACUGAUGAAAAAGCUCUCUCUGUCUAUAUAUGUCACACACUCAGAUGUUGUAUGUAUGUAUGAAUGUAGCAAUAAUUGCACCGAAUGUCCCUGCUUUAUAUGAAGCUCAUUUUGGAAUUCCAAUGUCGGGUGCUGUUUUAAACACUGUCAAUAUUCGUCUAAAUGCAUCCACCAUUGCUUUCCUUUUGGGUCAUUCAAAAUCUGCAGUUGUCUUUGUGGACCAAGAGUUUUUCACUUUGGCAGAGGAUGCUUUGAAAAUUAUGAAGGAGAAAAGCCAAGGCAAUUUCAAGCAUCCACUUUUGAUUGUCAUUGCAGAUGAAAGCUGUGAUCCCAAAGCACUCAGGUAUGCUUUGGGAAAAGGAGCCAUUGAGUAUGAGAAGUUCUUAGAAAGUGGUGACCCUGAGUUUGCUUGGAAGCCUCCUCAGGAUGAGUGGCAAAGUAUUGCUUUGGGUUAUACUUCUGGCACUACAGCCAGCCCUAAAGGCGUGGUAUUACAUCACCGAGGGGCAUAUCUCAUGUCUUUGAGUAAUCCUCUUAUAUGGGGGAUGACUGAAGGAGCUGUAUACUUGUGGACUCUACCCAUGUUCCAUUGUAAUGGUUGGUGUUUUACUUGGUCACUAGCAGCUCUUUGUGGAACAAACAUAUGCCUCCGACAGGUAACAGCAAAGGGAGUCUACUCAGCCAUAGCAAAGUAUGGUGUGACUCACUUCUGUGGUGCACCUGUGGUGCUGAAUACCAUAGUUAAUGCCCCUCCUGAGGACACAAUUUUGCCCCUCCCCCAUGUUGUUCGCGUGAUGACAGCUGGUGCUGCCCCACCCCCUGCUGUUCUCUCUGCAAUGUCUCAAAAAGGCUUCCGUGUCACCCACACUUAUGGUCUCUCAGAAACCUAUGGACCUUCGACAGUGUGUGCAUGGAAGCCUGAAUGGGACUCACUGCCACCUGAAACACAAGCUCGCCUAAAUUCACGUCAAGGUGUCCGAUAUAUUGGUUUAGAGGGCCUUGAUGUCAUCAGUACCAAAACCGGUCAGCCCGUUCCUGCUGACGGAAAAACUAUUGGAGAAAUAGUAAUGCGUGGUAAUGUUGUGAUGAAGGGCUACUUAAAGAACCCAAAAGUCAAUGAGGAAACUUUUGCGAAUGGAUGGUUUCACUCUGGGGAUCUUGGUGUGAAGCAUUCUGAUGGGUAUAUCGAAAUAAAAGAUAGGUCAAAGGACAUCAUCAUAUCUGGAGGUGAAAACAUCAGUAGCGUGGAGGUAGAAAAUAGUAUGUACUUGCACGCUGCAAUAUUGGAGGCAUCAGUGGUGGCAAGGGCAGAUGAGCGCUGGGGAGAGUCCCCUUGUGCUUUUGUGACCUUGAAGCCGGGAGUGGAUAAAUCUGAUGAACAGCGGUUAGCAGAGGACAUAAUGAAGUUCUGCAGGUCAAAGAUGCCUGCUUACUGGGUUCCUAAAUCAGUGGUAUUCGGUCCAUUGCCAAAGACUGCAACAGGGAAGAUUCAGAAGCAUGUGCUUAGAGCCAAGGCAAAGGAGUUGGGACCUGUCAAGUUGAGUAAGUUGUAAGCUGAAACAUUUUAUCGUUAGGGACUAAAUAAAAACCACUGAAUCGUUGGUAUGUAUCGUUUUCACUGAUAGAGUGCUUGUAUUUUGCACGUCUAGGAUAAGCGUAGUAGCAUUAUUUUUAUCAAUAAAAAAUUUCAUCUCUAAUUAGUCCUUAAAUAACUGGGCGGUCACCAUGUAUACUGAUGUACUUGGUUGAAGUCGUUUCACGAAUAUGCUGUGCUUAUCUUGCUUA